CUCCUUUUAUCAUAUCUCCCUUCUUCCACAUUUCAGCGAAACCAGAGCUCCAAGUUCUCUCCUAUGGCAUUAUCUCUCUCAUCAUCUAUCCAAUUCACCAUUCAAAUACCCAAACAACCCCCCAAAAUCAUCUGCACCGCCUCAAGAAAUGAUGCCGCCACCAAUCGCCGCCGUGCCCCACCACCAAAACCACCAUUUAUUCGCAAAGAUAACAACUAUAAGCAAAAACCCACCACCCCAUUUCCACCAAAUGAUGUAAAGUUACUAACUUUAAGCAAACAAGGUCUUAUUAAAGAAACUGUUGAGUUCAUGUCUCAGGGUGUGUUUGCAGGAUACGAUGUUUUUGAGGUUGUGUUGGAUUCGUGUAACGAUCUUGAGCUGGGGAAGAAAGUUCAGCAGAUUCUUAUUCGGUCGAAAUACUAUGGGGAUGUGAACUUGAACUCUAGAUUGGUGGAAAUGUAUGUGAGAUGUAAUAGUAUGAGGGAUGCACGGAGAGUGUUUGAUAGAAUGCGUGAACGUGAAGACUUAGCGUUAUGGCAUUUGAUGAUUAACGGGUAUGUAGAUAAUGGAGAAGGUGAAGCGGGUUUGUUGUUGUUUGAAAAAAUGAAAGAGUUAGGGUUGAAUCCAAGUGGGGAGACUUUUAGAUUAGUUUUCUUGGCUUGUGCAGGGAUUUAUUCGAUUCAAGAAUGUUUGAAACAGUUUAAAUCAAUGAAAAAUCAGUAUAAUUUGGUUCCAGGAGUGGAACAUUAUUUAGGGGUUAUUGGUGUUUUGGGGAAAGCCGGGCAUUUGAAUGAAGCUAUGGAGUUCAUUGAAAGUAUACCUUUCGAACCUCCUGUUGAAAUAUGGGAAGAGUUGAGGGACUAUGCUCGAAUCCAUGGUGAUAUUGAAAUUGAAGACCGUACGGAGGCGUUUUUGGUUCCAUUAACAGUUCUGUCACCAGCAAGGAAUCAAUCAAGAAGUAAUAUGCUUGAAGGGAAGAAUAAGGUUGAUGAAUACAGAAAUGCAGAUCUGUAUAAGGAAGAUGCAUACGGUAAAUUAAGUGGAUUAAAUGGUCAGUUGAGAGAUGCUGGGUAUGUGCCAGACACCCGGUAUGUGCUUCAUGACAUUGAUCAAGAAGCUAAAGAGCAGGCGUUGAUGUACCACAGUGAGCGGCUAGCAAUUGCAUAUGGUUUGAUUAGCACUCCUGCUAGAACGACUCUUAGGAUCAUCAAGAACCUUAGGAUUUGUGGUGAUUGCCAUAACGCUAUCAAAAUUAUGUCCAAGAUUGUUGGCAGGGAGCUCAUUGUAAGGGAUAAUAAGCGAUUUCAUCAUUUUAAGGAUGGUAAAUGUUCUUGUGGUGAUUACUGGUAGAUUUUUGAAGGACUAAUUGCAUAA